AUGAGAUCCUCAAUCCUCCUCACCAUCUUCAGCUCCCUCAUCACCUCCGCCUCGUGCCACUGCAAAUACUCCUUCCUCGUCGACGCCGCAAGCUCUUACACCUUCGCCCUCAGCGCCGGAAACCCCUCCUUUUUCACCACCGCCUACGUCAGCCCCAACACGACCUACUACACAGAGUCCGACCAGCCCCUCGACAUCCGCACCGGCAUCUUGUCCAAACCCGGCAUCAAAAUCACCCGCCGCCUCUCAAUCCACGACACAGUCGACUGCUCCACCUUCACCCAAGUCAUCAGCACCGACCCUGUGCAUCCCUACGUCAUCGGCACCCGCAUCGUCUUCGGCAACGUCCACCACAACAACAACAACAACAACGACACCAAAGCCACUUUGAUCGAGACCCUCGCCACCAAACCCGGUGACUGGCUUUUCAACGCCACGGGUUACGCACACUGGGACGCGCAGGAAUCGUGGGAUCCCAUCCCCCCAACCGAAAGUUCAACCGAUUUCGAUUCCGAGAGGCUGAAGCGGGACUCAAGAGCUGUGAUCAAAGCCGCGGGCGACGCUUACUUUGAUCGGUUUGCUGAUGUUAACGUCUCGGUGCCGUUUGGCACGCCCUGCGCGCGUUUAGAGGGGGGCGGGGCGUACACGGAUACGCAUCUCUCGUACAAGCAGACGUGUGAUUUGGGGUUGCCUAGCAAUGUGAGGGUGAGGAAUAGGAGGUAUGUGGUGGACGAGACGAUGGGGGCCGUGGCCAUCUUUGUGGGGUUCCCGGGACUGGAUAGGUCGGCGCCGGAGGUGGCGGUGCCGGAUAGUCAUUUGUUUAGGGUGGAAAGGGGGAAGAUUAGGUAUAUACAUACGUUGUCGACUUGUGUUACGCCGGGGUGCGGGUUGAAUGGGACGUUGAGUGGUAAGACGGACUUUGCCAAGAGGUAG